AUGGAUGAAAAGAAAAAACUUCAAGUUCAAAUAUCUAUUUCUGAUAUCAAGAUAGUUAAGAGAUCUGCAUCAGGAGCUAAGGUCAAGAGAUUUGAGAAACCUAGUUCGGGAGACAUCCCAAGCGUUAUCGAUAUCCCUCACAGGACAACGAUUGAAGUUGUCAUCUUUAAGGAUACAAAUGGGGAUGUGGGUAUGGUCCAAAUUGUGAUGCUGCCACACGUUGUCUUAGGGACAACGCCAUGUCCUCUUUAUGCUUCUCAAUUUAUAAGAGAUAUUUUUUUGAAAGAAAUAAGGCAUGGAAGAAUGAUUCAGAUAGAUCUUAUGAUAUGUGGCAUAGAUGCUUUCAAAGAACCUGAAACUAUUGUUGUAAGCAGUGACGGUAGCUGGGGAAGGGUCAAAAAAUACUGGGCAAUCGGUAGUGGCGACGCAGUUGCUAUGGAGAUAUGGAAAAAGGCUUAUUCAUCAAAUGGAGUGAUACACAAGAGUAUUGCCUAUGAAAAUGCCCGUAACACUAGCUGCUUCUGUGGACGGGGCAACUGGUGGUCAUAUUUUAAGUAG